GGUUCUAUGUUUUAUGCAGCUUCUGUAAUGAGCGAUUAUAAAAUUAACUACUCCCUAUAUUUAUUUGAAAUUUGAACACUAGAUUGCCCCAUUGGGAUAUGAAUUCUAUUAUGGUGUAUUUUAACUGAGGUUUUGGUAUUAUACCAAAUAAUUUUUUUUACCUUGAAUUAAAUUUAAUUGAGAAGCUUCAUAAUGGCCACGAAUAUAGAAAAUGACAGGUUAAAUAUCCGCAUUGAAAUAAAAAAUAAUGUCGUAGAGCCAAUGGAAGUUGAUGAAAUUGAUGAAAAGAGUGAGGAGGAAGGUGAAAUAAGAGAUACUUCAUUAAAUGAUGGGAAAAACUUGAAAGCAAUAAUUCAGGUACCUAUGCAGGAGAAGAAAAAUGUUCGAGAAGAUUUCAGUCAUUACAUUGAAUUGGAUCAGAAAAAACUUCAGGAUAGAGCUAAACGAUUUUCUUUGAAACCAGAGGAAAUAAAUACAUUUACUGAAGAAGAUUUGAAUGUGUUGUAUAUCAGUUUAGGCAUAAAUUCAGAAAACAUUGAUCAAUUUCGGCUUGAAGCUAUACAUUUGAGAAGUUCGGAUGAGUUAACUUUGAAAGAUGUUACAACUUAUUUUAUGAAGUAUGCUCCUAAUAGUAUCGAGAUGAUUGAUGAUGAAAGCUAUAAUAUUGUUUGGGAGAAUAAAUUAAGUGCAGCUAGAGCACUCUACCUCACAUCACAAGUUGUAAAGGGUAUGCCUGUGAGAAUUGUAUCAGAACAUGUAAUCGAUAGUUUUAUAUUGGAUGAUCAAGACUCUAAUAAGGAAAUGUUGGUGAAUGAAAAUCGUCAAGUUGAACUAGUGGAUGAAUGUGCAGAAGAAUAUAAAAAGUUGAUUGAUAAUAAUUCUAUUGAUAUUUCUGCUGUAAACAUACCAAUUCCUCCAGGAUAUUGGAGAUUAGGAAAAGAAAACAUUCAUUCAUUUUCUGUUUUAUUGAGGUUUUCUAUGUUGACUGACAAAAAACCUCAGUUAAUUGAGAAAUGUAAUCAAUAUUUCAAAAAUCCUUUUCCAAAAGAUCGUUUAGGUCCAUAUAACAAGGGAAUUUUUUCUCGAAAUAAAGACAUAAAGUCAAACGCUGUUAAUAAAGAUCCAUGGGGAAUCCUAGCUAAAACUUGGAAUUCUGAUUUUCAAUUUAGAGAGGAGGAACGAUAUGAAGAUCCUACUUUUGAAGAAGAUGAAUUGCCACCACAAGUACCAGUUAAUCCAGAAUUACGAGUGAGAUUAACCGCUAAACGACGAUUAGGCAAAAAGCAGGAUGAGGAAGCCAAACAGUCUUCUUCAGAAAAGGAACCAAGUGAAGUAUCAGAUCAAGAGAAUAUAAAAAAAACUUCCAAGGUGCCCAGAAUGCGUAUGUAUGCAGAUGAAGAAGAAGAGAAAAUUAAAAGACGUAAACUUCUAAAUACUUUGAAGAAACAAAAAGAAAAAAUUGAAAAGACAGAAAUUCCAAAUACUGACCUGAGAAACAUAUUGCGGAUAACUAAUAGAAAGUCUAAGUUCAGUGCCGAAGUAGACGAAAAUUUAGAUUUAUCUUUGAAUUUGAAAAAUAGAAGAAAUAAACUUGUCUUUACUGUAGCUCAAGAAUCUGCAUCUUAUGACCGAAGAAUAGAUCGUCGAGUGAGAGAUCGAUUAGAAAAAUAUCCGGUAAGAGAAAGAAGACCAAAAUCACCUAUUCGCUUCAAUAGAAAUUCUCCUGAGCCUAUUGAUCACUUCAGAAAAGAUGAGAGUAAAAGGCAACAAAGAAAUUUUGAUAGACGGAGUAGAAAUAUUUCUGUGGGUGAAAUGUAUUCAACUAGAGAAGACAUUGAUAACUAUCCAUCUCAUAAACCUAAAAGUAAAGUUGCCUUAGUUAUCAAGACUCAAAAAAAACCUAGUGUUGCGUCUGCCAUCAGAUCAAGAAAUCGUAAAUAUGAUACAACUUCAUCUUCUAGUGAUAAAGACAGUUCUAGUGAUAGUGCUAGUGAGGAAAGUUCUGAAGAAACUGAUUCUUCAACUUCUGAGGAUUCAGACUCUCCAAGAAAUCAUAAGGCUCAUUUACAAACCAGAAAGUUAAACAGUAAUCAAAUGAAAGAGAGAGUUAAGAAUGAAUAUAGAAGAAAAUAUAGUUAAACAUUAGGUAGGAAUUAAAGUACUAAGAUACAAUGAAACGAUCACCAGAAACAUUAGUGAAAAUAUACAGAGUGAUAGAUACAGAUCUUGAAAAAUUAACAUACAUUUUUUAGUUUACAGGUAUUUUAUGAAUAAUUACAUAUUUUUACCAAAUUUGAUAAAAGUAAUUGUAUAUUUGUAUUAUAAUAAAUUUUAUUAUUUUGUUCUAAGAACAAUAUGAACGA